UCUUCCCUCCAGCGGCGGUCAAGCUAAGCUAAGGUAUGACAAUGGCAGACGCAGACUUGAAGUGUGUGGAUGCAAAUUGCAACGCGGCCACUGUAAAACUGUUUUUAAACCCCCCCGGGCCUGAACCAGCUGAGCCCAAUAUACAGUUCAGACACACCCCAGCUUCUCUCCGGCAACGAGGAAGGCUAGCGAGUGCGCGCUCCGGCUGCCCUGAGGUAACAUGAUCGAACCAAUGGGUGCCAGGAAGCUCGUGAAGUCCGUCAUGAUUGUGGUACUGGCACUGAUGCUGUUUUAUAGGCCUCCAUACGUCCAUAGCGCGGCGGUCCCCCAGAACAGCACGGACAUGCUCGCACUGAUCGAUUUCAGGCAAGCAAUCACCGGAGAUCCCAGAGGAUUCUUCAAUUCCUGGAAAAACAGUGUCGACUACUGCAAUUGGAAUGGCGUCACAUGCAGCAAAACGCACCUAGGGCGCGUCAGGGAGCUCAACAUCACCGGCCAGAGCUUGGAAGGCAGGAUCUCUCCAUCUCUUGGGAACUUAACCUUACUUAAGACACUCGAUCUCUCCUCAAAUAGCCUCUCUGGUCAGUUGCCCGAUCUUAACCGCCUCCGUAAGCUGCAGAAGCUUCUUCUGAAAUUCAACAACUUGCAAGGGCUUGCUCCUAACGCACUCAAAAACUGCUCCAGCCUACAAACUCUAGACAUUCGUGGAAACAUGUUAGCAGGUUCAAUCCCCUCGGAACUCGGUUUCCUCUAUAACCUUGUAGUUCUGCACCUUGAAUCGAAUAGUUUCACCGGAGUCAUCCCAUCAAGUCUGGGCAACAUCACUCAACUAAUGUAUCUCUUCCUACAUAAAAAUCAGCUCGAAGGGCACAUUCCUACAGAGCUUGGGCAAUCAGCAAAGUUGAUUCAAUUGGCCUUAGGAGAGAAUAGGCUAUCAGGUAGCAUCCCAACAACACUUUUGAAUCAUUCUUCUCUUGAAAUUCUGGAUGUGAAUACGAACUUUCUACUUAUGGAAUUGCCAUCUACCAUUGGCAAUACCCUUCCUAGGCUCUCUGGGCUUGGCUUGCGCUAUAAUAUGUUCCAAGGGCAAAUCCCAGCCUCCCUAGGUAAUGCUUCGUACCUGAGCGUAAUACUUUUGACAUCUAACAAUUUCACUGGCCAAGUUCCUAGUUCUUUGGGAAAUCUUUCCCUCCUGCAAUACCUAAACUUAGAUGGAAACAAGCUAGAAACAAGCGAUAGUAAGAGCUGGGAAUUCUUAGACGCAUUGGGAAAGUGUAGAGUUCUUAAGAGUCUCACAUUAGCCGACAAUCAGCUACAGGGAGCCAUACCAAAUUCAAUAGGAAAGCUAUCCCCUGGUCUUCAGUACCUAGGAUUGGGACAAAACAAAUUGACAGGGAUGAUUCCAGAGAGCAUAGGUAACCUUAAAGGCUUAAAUUCUCUGUAUCUAGGUCAAAACAAUCUGGCCGGUCCAAUUGGAUCAUGGGUUGGAAAUUUGAAAAACCUAGGAAUAUUAAAUCUUACAGACAACAACUUUAGUGGGCCAAUUCCAUCCUCCCUUGGUAGCCUUACUGGUUUAACUUGGCUCUACCUACAGAACAACAAAUUUGAUGGUCCUGUACCUGCCAGUUUGGAAAACCUUCAACAACUCUUAGUAUUAAACCUUAGUUGUAACAAUCUACAAGGCCCUAUUCCUAAAGAGCUCUUUAGUCCUAUAUCCACAAUUACCACAUGUAUAUUAUCCUAUAACAAUUUAGAAGGUCCAAUACCUCCGGAGGUUAGGAACCUUCAACAACUCAACGAACUAGAUCUUUCAUCAAACAAACUUACCGGGGAAAUCCCUGUAACUUUGGGGGAAUGUCGCCAGUUGGAGAUACUAAAAAUGGGCUACAAUUUCCUCACAGGGAACAUUUCAUUACUGAGUACUCUAAAGAGCUUGAGCAUGCUCAAUCUUUCACAUAAUAAUUUAUCAGGCUCCAUCCCUAUAGAACUGGGUAACAUGUCUUAUCUUACCCAGCUGGAUCUAUCUUAUAAUGAUCUACGAGGUGAAGUACCACGAGAUGGAGUAUUCCGAAAUGCUUCAGCCGUCUCACUUGUCGGAAACAGUGGACUCUGUGGAUGGACAUUAGAUUCACAUAUGCGCUCAUGUCCUACUGCCUCAAGGAGAAAAAUGGCACAAUACUACCUGAUUAGAGUGUUGAUCCCAGUAUUUGGCUUCAUGUCACUCCUAAUGUUGAUCUAUUUUGUUCUCACUGAGAAAAGGAUGGCACGAGCACCAUCAUUAUCUCCUCUUGGUGAUCAAUUCCCUAUAGUUUCCUACAAUGAUUUAGCUCAAGCUACAAAGAACUUUUCUGAGUCUAAUCUAAUAGGGAGAGGAAGUUGUGGGUCUGUAUAUAGAGGGAAUCUGACAAAAAACAAGCUGGAAGUUGCCGUGAAAAUUCUUGACCUUGAUAUGAGAGGUGCAGAGAAAAGCUUCUUAUCAGAAUGCCAAGCUUUGAGAAACAUCCGACACCGAAAUCUUGUUCCUAUCAUAACAGCGUGCUCCACGGUGGAUGCCAACGGCAAUGUUUUCAAAGCUCUAGUUUAUGAAUUUAUGCCCAAUGGAAAUUUGGACUCGUGGUUGCAUCUAAAAGGGAAUGGUAAAGCAAGAAAGCCUCUGAGCUUAAAUCAAAGAACAUGCUUGGCUGUCAACAUAGCCGACGUACUAGAUUAUCUUCACCAUGAAAGUGGAAGCACAAUUAUCCAUUGUGAUGUGAAGCCCAAUAACAUACUCCUAGACGAUGAUAUGAAUGCUCGUUUGGGAGACUUCGGCAUUGCAAAACUGUAUCUUGAUUCUAGGUCACAGUCAACUGGAGAUUCAAAUACUACAAGCUCAAUCGGUGUGAAAGGAACCAUCGGGUAUAUAGCUCCAGAGUAUGCUCGAGGUGGCCAGGCAACGACUUAUGGAGAUGUUUACGGUUUCGGAAUCGUACUUCUAGAGUUGCUGACAGGCAAAAGGCCAACAGAUAGUUUGUUUGUGAAUCAGCUAAACAUUGUCAGCUUCGUCGAGAGGAGCUUCCCUGAUAAAAUAUUAGAUGUGAUCGAUACUCCCCUACAAGAUGACGUCAAGACCACCCAAGCAAAUAUGGUAACAGAAAACGGGGCAUACCAAUGCUUGUUCUCCCUACUACAAGUAGCACUUUCUUGCACACGGCAACUUCCAGGUGAACGAACGACCAUGAGAGAAGCAGCUAGUAGAAUUCGUGCAAUCAAGACCACGUAUGCCGAAGGAAAACAAAAGCAUGCUUUGAAGUGACACGAAGCAUACCGCCCGAGCUCAGUACCCGCAGGAUUCUUUGAAUUGAACCAACCUGUAUGCCCUACCCAUGCUAUCUCAUAUUUUUCUGGUUAUUAAAGUGCAGAUAGGAAUAGAGGAAUAAAUUCAUAUGGAAAUGCUUGCUACUGUAAUAAGAUUAUUAUCAUCGGAAUAUCGGUCAUCACAAAUAUUAUUUCCCCAUAUUUAUGUA